AUGCACGAAAUCAAGCCUGCAAACAAUAUGUUUAUAAAGGAGCCGACGGCAAUAGCAACAGAUUUUCCACUCAUGAGCAGUGCACAAAAACUUGCAUGUCGACUGGUAAGCAACUUUCAAAGUUAUGAUCUGACCUGGGCCCUCAUUUGGGAAACCCAUAUAUCUAAAACCAUUUACAUUCCAGUAUCUGAUACAUACCAGUGA